UUAGUCCAAGCCAAGAAACACUAACUAUUAUCAUCACUCUAAAUCUGGAUGCAUGUUUUUCCAUUGGAUACCCCUCAAAACUACAAGCGCUACAGUCAAGCAACCUGCGGCCUUUACUUUUGUUCUUCUGUUCAUCUUCUAUCUUAUUGACACAGAAGCUUUUAAAUGCUCCAAGUUAAAUGGUCUAUAUUCCCACAAUCCCAAAGGAGAAAAAAGAGCAGUAGUUCUAGGAUCAAAAUGCUUGUUCUCUUCCUGGUGCUCUCAGCAACAAUGUUCCCAUCGGUCAGAACACUCGUUUUAGUCUAGAACAGGGAGACAGAAAGGUCAGUCCUGGAAAUCCUGUGCUUUCUGAGCAUUAAUGCUGGGUUUUCUGUAGAGAAGUUAUGGUGAUUUCUCUGCAUUGCUGCACCAGAGAUUGCAGGAAAACACUGAAAUGAGAAACUAAUACAGAUAUUGGAAGGAACUAUUGAAGAUGUUCAAGGCAGCGAGAUGGAGGACUGAGAAGAACAAGAUAAAAGUUGUGUUUAAACUGCAGUUCCAAGCAACUCAGGUGCCGGAAUUAGGAUGGGAGACUAUGAUGGUCGAUCUAGUUCCUAAGGAUGCUAGAAAACCAACUGCAAGAUCAGAAAAGGCAGCAGUAAUCAAGGGAACUUGUCACUGGGUAAACCCCAUCUACGAAACAGUGAAACUUACAAAGGAUCCAAGAACUGAAAAGAUUAAUGAGAAAGCCUAUAGAUUUCUUGUCAUAGCAGAUGGAUCGGCAAAAGCCGACUUUGUGGGAGAAAUUUUCAUCGAUUUGGCAAUUUAUGCUGAAGUGCUUAAGCCCUCUGUGGUUUCUCUCCCAUUCAAGGCUUCAGAUUCUGAAGCCAUCCUGCAUGUUACUAUACAGAGAAUGCAGGCUGAUGCUGAGGGAACAUUCUUCGGAGCUUUUGAUCAAAAUGGGGAAACGAACGUUGCAGAGCAACAGAGCAAGAUGACAAGCCAGUUGGACAUUUCUAAUGCAGAGCAAGGUAGCGACUUUCGGAGAACAAAUGUUAACUCAAUAGAACAGGACCGUUCAUUAUUUAACAACCAGGCGGAGCUGAGAUCCCCCUCCAGAAAAACAAUGCCUCAGCAGGCUGAACCUAAUGAGAACCUCACAAAGUCUAUCACCUGUAAUUCCAUAUCACAAUCAGGUCAUGGAGACCAUCAGAGUUCAAACACCCACUGGUCUGUCAGUUCGCAACUUGAUGGAAGUAUGGAUUGCCCGGCGACCAGCUUCGGAGAGACUGGAUUGAGAGAUGGAUCGCGUACUUCAGAUAUCUCCAUCAAGAAACUCAGGAGUGAUAUUGUUGCUUUGGCAAGACAGGUUGAUAUGUCGGAGAUAGAACUGAAAACUCUUCGAAAGCAAGUGAAGGAGAACAGGCAUGAAAAAGAUCUUCUCAGCGAAUUAGAUAGCCUAAAAGAGGAGAGAGAUGCAGUUCGAAGAGAAUGUGAAGAAUUUAAGGCUUCUUUGUUGAAAAGAAUUGGCACUGAAGCUAUUUCAGUUAAGUCGUGGUUUGACGGUGAAGAUCUAUGGUCUGUACUGGAAGAAACCAAGAAAGAGCUAAAUCAUGAAAAGAAUCUAAAUGCAAAUCUUCGCUUACAACUACAAAAGACACAGGAUUCAAACUCAAGGCUGAUUCUUGCAGUGCAAUAUCUAGAAGAACUGUUGGAGCAGAAAAAUGGGGGCAUGAUGACUGGUAUUAACAGCGGCAUAGUGCCUACAAAAGAAGAAAUAAAUGAUGGUUUGUCAGGAACAAAAAAUGGAACUGAGUCCUCCCAGGAACAAAUUUAUGAAGACAAAAAUAACUGGUUUCCAAUGGUUACAGAAAAAGACAAUGAACAAUACAAAUUGGAGGUACUAAUUAGAGAGCAUGAUGAUGUCAAAGCAGCAAAUACACUAGAGCAGAAAAUCAUAGAUCUGAAGAGCGAACUAGAGUUCUACAAAAAGGAUCAUGAAGACCUUGAAAUGCAUAUGGAACAGCUUGCUCUAGACUAUGAGAUUCUGAAACAAGAACACCACCAUGUCUCUUCAAAGCUAAAGCAAAGCCAACUGAAAGAACAGCUAGGGGCACAAUAUGAGUGCUCAGCACAGCAAUCCAUUAUCAAGGACCUUGAAGACCAAGUUAAAAAAUUGGAAAAAGAAUUUGAAGAACAGGCUGAAGCAUUUGAAGCUGAUUUGGCAACUGUUAUGCAUGCCAAAGUUGAACAAGAACAGAGGGCCAUACAAGCAGAGGAGGCACUAAGAAGGACAAGAUGGAGGAAUGCUAAUACUGCCGAACGACUUUAUGAGGAAUUCAAAAGGCUCUCUGCACAAAUGUCAUUUUCAUUUUCCAUGAACGAGAAGUUAUUCAUGCAAGCACUAACAAAAACUAGUGAAUUGCAUUUGCAGAAAUGUUAUCCAGAAGAACCACAGAAAAGAACUAGAGAAGAAGAAGCAACAGAGCAUGAUCAAUGCAAUGUUCAAAAGUCAACCGUAAUAGAUCCUAAAACAAAAGAAAAAGAGCUAAACUUGGAGCUCAAAAAGGAGGUCGAGGAGCUCAAAGGUCAAGCAAGGCAAGAGGCCUUCUCAGAAGAAAUGCUAGAACUCAAAGCAGAGAUGCAAAGGCUCUUACAGGAGAAUGCUUAUCUUUCUGAAAAGAUGGAAGAAAAAGAAACUUUGGCAGCUGAGUCAAAGAUAUUGGCUAAAGAAGUUGACAUGUUGUCACAAGGCAGCUACUUGGAAAAAGAUAUGCUUGAUGGAAAACUUGUUUCUGUGGGGGAAGAAGCAAAGAAAUCUAUAGAAGAACUAAAUGAACUGAGGGAUUUAAAAGAUGAAAAUGAUUCAAUGGUCAGAAUUCUGACUUCUGAGGUCGUGACUUUUCAGUAUGAUGAUUUGAAGCAUUCCUUACUUGAGGAUGAACCAGAAAAAGAAAAGCUGAGAAAUCAGGUUUUCCAAUUAAGUGGCGACCUUCUGAGGGCAGAAGAACAGAUCACCUGUAUUCAGAAAAAGCUAAAGGAAAAUACGAGAUUUACAGCCAUAGAUGGAACUACAGAGACAAUCACAAUAAACAAGCAUAACAUAUCUGACCUGGCAACUCAUGGCUCCCAGGAAGUUAAUAAUUUGCAUGAGAAAGUCAAACAUCUUGAGCUUCUUCCAAUGCCCUCGUUUACUUCCGGGAGAGUGGAUGGAAUCCUCUCGUCGUCAAAAGACAAGGGUCUUUUAUCACUUCUCUACUCACGUUACCGAACUGCACCAUAGGGAUGGUCUGGAGAAUGAAAAGGAACACCUGACUUCUAAUUAAUCCAGUCAAGGCAAUGUUGCCAAGUCGCGAGUAAAAUAGCAAUUCUGAAGUUCGGCUGAAAGAGAUGAAAGAAAGAUAUUUGGAGAUAAGCCUUAAGUUUGCAGAAAUUGAAGAAGAAAAGCAACAGCUUAUGCUGGCAAAUGGCACUCUUGCAUAACGGUGUAAAUAUUUAGUUAUGCUCAUAUUAAUGAAAUAGAGACUGGAUUUUUUGUAUAGAUGGAUGCUAUGUUCUUGACAAGUAUGUAGAACUUCCAGACAAACAUACUAGAGUAAGAUAUUAGGUGUUAUACCGUAAUUUGGAUUGAGAUAAAAUGUAUAAUAUAAAGUGAGAUAU